UCAAUAUUAUAUAUUUAUUUUGUGAAAGAAACAGGAACAUUUAUGGAAAAAAAUUCCGAGUGUCACCUGGUGGCUGUUUUUGGUAUAGCAUAUUUAUAUAAUCAACUUCAAAUUUGGAACAUAACUUCUUUAGACAUAUCUUGACAUAUGAUAUUAUGCAUAAACAAAAUGCAUGCAGGUUUGGAACGACAUGAAGGUGAGUAAUAACUGAAUUUCCUCUUUCUCCGUUUAAGUCUGAACUGGAAACCUCAAUUAUUUAAUCAGAUCAGUCAUUAUGGGAUGUAGGACUCUCAUUCAUAAUUUGAUUCUCCCUGAUUCUUGUUUUAAAUGUCUUCCCAAUCCACUUUAACCUGAAAUAUCUUUAAGGCAGUUCAUAUUUAAAUAAUUGAAAGGCUCUUCACAUGUUCACAGUUUGAUGUGGAUUAACGAUCGCAUUGACAUGCAGGUAAACUAAUGAAAUAUUUGAUGUUUUUAGUGUUUAAUUAAUGAUUAGCUUUUUAUCAACUCACAAACCCGCUGCAGUGUAAUUUUUAAUGAAUUUUAUGAUGUUGAAAUGAUGUUAUUGGCAUGACAUUUGUUACAAUGUAUCGCCAAAGCACAGUUUAUAUUGAAUCUAAAACAGAUAUGAUCUGUGUGUUAUAUUCCUGACUGAGAGCACACUGUACUCUCUGUUGAGUUUCAGAUAACUCUGGAGGCGACUGUGGUCUUUGGUUUGCUCUUUCCAGUAAUACAGAGCAGGAGCGCAGCUGAGCGUCGCGUCGCGUCUCCAUAGCAACGCGAUCAGACGCGCGCCGCGGGGAAAGUUUCGCUCGUGAUCCGAACGGAGCUCCAGGAUGUCACGGGGGUUUCCCGGUGAGUCUCCCGACUUCCCUGAAAUAACGAGCGAGAACUUUGAACACAGUCUCUCAUCUGAUCAGAGCUUCGUGGAGUUCUUCAACGACUUCCUGCUGCUUCCGGUGUUCUCCGUGGCCGUGAGGUAUGAUGGGAUGUCUGCAGGCUUCGAGCUGCUGGAUCACACCGCUGUGUGUCUGUCUCACCGGAUCAGAACCGCUCUGAUGGAGAUCAGGUCUAGAGCUGUGUGUGAGCCGAGCUGGAGCCCUGCAGAACCCCUGCGAGACAACAGCUACAGCGUCACACGUCUGGACCGAGAGCAGACCAUCCAGUGGCUGAAGAGAGACAGACUGCCCUUCUUCCUGCGGAGCGACUGUUACUUUGAGUUCAGGUUGACUAAAGGUCUGUCUCAGCUCAGCGGGGCUCGCUCCUCUCCAGCGGAUGAUCAGUGCUGUCUCCUGUCUGCUCGGCCGCUUGGCAGAUUUUCAGAGGAGAUGGACAGCAGCUUCACCUGUCUGAACCCUUCCCGAUCAGAGCCGGACGACUGCAGCUCAGCACACGGUCGUUCUCGGUCCAGCUUUCUGGAGUUUAAGAGGUCUCUGGUCGGCGGGCCGGGAGAGAAUAUUCUUCAUCUGUGGAUGGAUAUCGAACGACUGAAGACACUCAGCGCCAAGACCAAGAGCAGGUAUUUAGGGUGGAUGAAGGGUCAGUAUGUGGUCAGCAGCAGCGCAGCGGCUCUAGGUGAACAGCUGCUGUGUAGACUGGGGUUAAACAGCGCCACCUGCUGGAGAGAGGAGCGACUGCGAGAGCUUCAGCCCUGUCUGUCAGAGAUCCUGCUGCUGUACUGGGGUCAGCGCUUCCGCUUGAUUGUGUCGGGUCAGGGGUCAUGUGAGCGAGGGCUGAGUUCUUCUGUCUGCGCAGACACUGAUCCGCAGACCGUCUGCUCCUGCAGUGAUAUGAGAGCUGAGCUGGACAGCACUGAGAUUCAGACUCUGCUGGAGGCUCUACACACUGAAUCCAGAUCUGGUUUCUUUUUUACUCAUUUCUGUCAGAAUUCAGGACAGCAGUUGUGGGAAAAUGCUGUGUAUUUCUGCUCAGAACUACUGCAGUACCACCAGCUCUUCUGCCAGAGCAGAUUUGAUCCGUACAGAGCACAGCGCACGGCUCAGCUGCUGUAUGCCUCGUACCUGAGCAGCGGUGCUCAGAUGAGCGUGGGCUUGAGCGAGGAGGACAGGAGAGCGGUCCUGCUGCGUCUGAGUCCCCCGUUCGAGGAUCUGUUUGACCGGGCGGAGGAUCAUGCUCUGAGCGUCCUGCUGGAGCCCUGGACACUGCUCUCAGAGAGACUCCGAGACGCUCCACACACUGUGGCGCAGUGGCAGGAGGUGCGUUACGCCGAGGCUGAGCUCUUCCAGACUCUACAGACUCUGUACACACACACUCAGAGCAGACAGCAGCAGCAGCACAGGACUCCAGCAGAGGGCAGCAGAGCGCCGGGGAUCUGGGACAAGGUUCCGCAGGAGUUCCGCGCGGUCCGUCUGGAUUCACUGCUGAGGAACCGCAUGGAACUACAGCACUUCCUGUCCUUCCUGGAGGAGAACUCGGCCAGUCUUGAGCUGCAGUGCUGGCUGGACGUGGAGCAGCUGAAGAAGAGUGAUGGAGCGCUGCUGGAGGAGAGAAACACCAGCAUCAAAGACAAAUAUUUCAGCAGUAACUUCCUGUUUGGAGCCGGCAGCCCGGCCACUGAAGAACAGCAGAUGAGGUUGCUGCAGAUGUGUGGUGGUCAGCAGUGUCUCCAGCGUGACUCCGUGUCUCUGUCUGUUCUGUCGGAGCUUCAGUCUCUGCUUCACAGUCGUUUAGAAACUCGAUGGCUGCCGCUGUUUCUCUCGAGCUCACAGUUCAUCAGGCGUCAGCAGCAGAAGAAGGUCACAGACGUGGAGAGAGAGCAGCAGCCGGUCAUCCGUCAGCGCAGGAGGAGACACGUCUGGAGGCAGGCGUCUGGAGGUCUGAUGAGCUCGUCUCAGGAGUCGGUGGCUCUGCGCAGGGCUCUGUUGAAUCCCGUCACCUGUCUGCAGUUCCAGAAGUUUCUGUCUGUCCGAGAUGAUCUGCUGGAGAACGAUCUGCUCUUCUGGCUGGAGGUUCAGAGAUACAAGGAUCUGUGUCACUCCCGCUGUGAUGAUGUGGCGCUCCAGAGGAAGGUGUCCAUCAUCAUCAGCUGCUUCAUCAGUAGUUGUGUUCCGCCGGCGCUGCAGAUCCACGUUCCUCCAGAGGCAGCGCAGAGAGUCAUGAGUCAGCAGCGAGCGCUCGGGCCAUACGUCUUCAGAGAGACACAGGCAUGUGUGUUUGACGAGCUGCUCAAGCACUGGCCGGAUUUUGUGGCGUUGCGCUCCGCCGUUGGAGAGGAAGAGCUUCAGCGAGUGCUGGACAGAGAGACACGGAGCAGGAGACCGACAGAAGAACCGGACGACAGCUGCUCACAGCAGGAGGAGGAGGAUGAGGCACAUGUCGUUGCUGAUGAAGAGCAGAACUGUGGGACUGACGGCACGAGAGCAGCCACAUAUAAGGAUGUGUUCACACUCGAGUGUGUGACGCACAGCUUCAUGAAGGAUUUACAGCAGGAGCGACAGGAUCUCCAGCUCGUGAUCACAAAGUACAUUCAGAAGAAUCUGAAGACAUCGAGCGUCUCAGACCUUCAGCUCUCCUCGUCUUCCUCAUAUCAGGAAGAAAAGAAGAAAAGAAGCUGUUUUGGUCAAUGUGCAUUAAUUAGCUCUUAUGAUUAUGAGGACAGUUACUGUAUGUUAUGAAAUGGAUUGUGUGAAUGAUUUCUUGUCCAUUUAUUCUGUGCUUCUUAAAAUAAAAUGGCAUAUAAAAAAGUAAAUAUGUGUUUAAAGUACUUCACAAAUAAAGCUUUCAAAGAUGGAUAUCACUUUCAUUUGUGCCUCUUUUAAACUUGCAGGAAGGAAAGAAAUAAUAUUCUCUGUUUAGAUUUAAGCAUUUAAACAGGUUUAUGGUUACUGAAAGAUUAUUAGGGAUUAAACAAAUAAUUUUAAACUAUUAACACUUUAAAAUAAGGCAUUAACAAAGGGAUUAUUUUAUAAUAAUUAUAGUAAUGACUAUAAGCUCAUUGCUUGUUGGU